AUGGAUAGGAUAAGUCUGUUGCCUGAUGAGCUGCUCUUGAGAAUACUGUCGCUACUGCCUACUACGAAAGAUGUUGUGGCCACUAUGGUUUUGUCUCAACGAUGGUUGCCUCUUUGGAAGUUAAUGCCAAAACUCGUCUACGACGAUAGCAAUCAAAACAUUGAGUAUGCAAAGUUUUCUCGCUUUGUGGACAGGUCUUUGAUUUUUCACGAGGCACCACUAGACACUUUGCAUUUCAAACUUGUUCAAAACUCUAGUGCUGCUGAUGUUGGUAUGUGGACUGUAGUUGCGGUUAAACGCUGCGUUCGUGAACUGCAUAUCGAAUCUUCUCCCAGUACAACUCCAGUCACGCUUCCAAGGAGCUUCUACACAGGGUGUGCAGCCCUUGUGACCUUGAAACUAAAGAGUGUGACUCUUGUGGAUGUUUCUUCCUUGCCUUCUUUCCUGACCCUAAAAGCAUUUAGCCUUUUACGUGUCAAGUUCCCUGGUGAUGCAUUUAGAUAUGAUUAUGGUUUCAACAUUGUCAAGAGGCUUUUCUCCAGUUAUCAUGUUCUUCAAUAUCUGGAGGUGGGACGAUUAGAAAUUGACAAUGUCACCGUUUUCACCGUUAUUGUGCCUUCUCUGAAGACUCUCAAAUUAGGUAGAAUAUCACGCAAAGUGAAAGACGGUGCACAUGGUUUUGUGGUCGAUGCUCCUCUUUUGGAGAUCUUUCUCAUUCAUGAUUAUAUGGGUGGGUUUUGUGUCAUUAAGAAUGAUAUGCCUAAAAUUGUCAGGGCCGGUUUUAGUGUCACUUAUAGUCAGCCGCGGAAGCUUAUGAGUUGUAUUACUUCAGUCAAGUGUCUCACUUUAUGUUUAUCAACUUCAAAUGAGGUGUAUCCUGUUGGUACUGUCUUCCACAAUCUUGUACUUUUAAGGCUAUGCACAUGUCAGGAAGAGUGGUUGAAUCUACUUAUGUGUAUGCUCAGAGGCUGCCCUAAUUUACAAUAUCUAAGAUUCUUCCAGUACCAUAAACCUCCCACUGCCGAGCCACAUCCUUGUUGGAAAGAACCAAGUUCGGUCCCUAGGUGUUUGUUAUCGAGUCUUGAAACUCUGACAUGGGCAAACUAUGAAGGAAGAGAAGAACAGAAGCAAGUGGCAGCAUUCAUCUUGAGAAGUGCAAAUUUUUUAAAGAAGGCGACUAUCUCCUCCAAAGCAACCGACCCCAAGGAGAAACUAGAGAUGAUAAAGGAAUUGUCAUCCUCACCCAGGCGCUCACCUACAUGUCAGCUCAUAUUUUACUGA